GCAGCCGGAUCCUGCACGCGGAGCUGCUCCGUGCUCAUCUCCACAACUACUGCAUUUUGAUUUAUUUUUAUUUCUUCUUCUUCUUCUUCUUCUUCUUCUUCUUCCUGCAACGCUUCUGAGAAAUCCUCCUCUUUUUUCUCUCUCUCUCUCUCUCUCUUCUUCUCCUCCUCCUCUCCAGAGGGAGUCGGACCGCAGACAGAGAGGAUUCAAGGCCCGCUGCCGGUUCCGCUGCAACAGGUCUGAGAGGAGGAGCUGAAACAUAUACAUGAUAAUACUAAUAAUGAGGAUGAGGAUGAUGAGGAUGAUGAUGAUGGAUCGGAUGUGAGUGGAGCGCACGGAGGAGACGCACGCGCCGCAGAGGAGGAGGUCUGCAUGGGCGCGACAGAGCGGACAGCUGCCAACAUGAUGCCGAUGUUCCUCACCGUGUACCUCAGCAACAACGACCAGCACGUCAGCGAGGUUCCCAUCACGCCGGAGACGCUGUGCAGAGACGUGGUGGAGCUCUGCAAGGAGCCCGGAGAGGCCGAAUGCCACCUGGCCGAGAUGUGGAGAGGCUCAGAGCACGCCGUUGGAGAAGGGGAGCGGAUGCUGGACGUGUUGCAGCGAUGGGGGCAGCAGAUGGGGGAGGUCCGCUACCUCCUGCGUCACCAGAGAGCUCCGGGAAGAGAGUCGGGUGGAUCCAGAGCGGACCAUCAGAUGAUGAAGAGGAACCAGGCGAAGGCUUCUGUGGAGAGAUGUCUGGAGAACGGGGUCUCGGCUCCUCGUCUGGACGUGACGCUGAGCGACCUCCAGGAUCUGGCAACCAGACAGCAGCAGCAGAUUAAUGCACAGCAGCAGAUGCUGGCCUCCAAGGAGCAGCGGCUGCGCUACCUGAAGCUGCAGGACCAGCGGCAGCAGCAGCAGGAGACGUCCGAACAGGAGCGACUGCAGCAGCUCAGGGAGAACGCCCACAACCAGGAGGCCAAACUGAGGCGGGUCCGGGCCCUCAGGGGCCAGGUGGAGCAGAAGCGCCUCAGCAACAGCAAGCUAGUGGAGGAGAUCGAGCAGAUGACCGGUCUGUUCCAGCAGAAACAGAGGGAGCUGCUGGUCGCCGUGACGCGGGUGGAGGAGCUGAGCGACCAGCUGGAGACGCUGAGGAGCAACAGGCUGGAGGCCCCUCUUCAUCCUCCUCCUCCUCCUCUCCUUCAUCACCACAACACCUCCUCCACAGCUGAGCUGGAGCGCCUCUAUAAAGAGCUGCAGUUGAGGAACAAGUUGAACCAGGACCAGAGCGGCCGGCUGCAGCAGCAGAGAGACAGCCUGAACAAGAGGAACCUGGAGGUGGUGUCGAUGGACCGGCGGCUGGCCGAGCUCCGCCAGCGGCUCUGGAAGAAGAAGGCCGCCCUGCAGCAGAAAGAGAACCUGCCGGCGGCUUCAGACGGAGUGGCCCCUCCGCACGGCGUGGGCUCCAGAGUGGCGGCGGUGGGGCCGUACAUCCAGUCGUCAAGCUCUCAGGGGCCUCCGGUGCCGGCUCGCCACGAGGUUCUGGUGAAGCCGGCGUACCCGGACGGCACCGCCACACUGCCCAUGCCCGACUCGUCCCAGAAGCCGCCUCCCAGACCAGCCAAACCCGCCUCAGGUUUCUCCACGUCAAAAAUAACCAAACACUCCGACUGGAGCGGCUCGUAUUCGGAGUCCAGUGGAGGUUACAGCCACGCCUCCACCCUGCCUCGCAUGUCCAGCCUCAGCAGCCACAACUCAGGCGCUAAAACCCUCACAGAUCAGAAGGCCUUCUCUGGGUCUGACAUCCCGCCCCCUGUCCCGUCACAGACCAAUCAAAUCACUGAGAGCCUGCUCAGGGACAAUCAGGCUUCUGGUAAAGGUUCCAACAUGAUGACGGCGCCGCCUCCAGUUCCCAGUAAGCCCAAGCCGUUCUCCUCAUCCGGCCCGCCGACCUUCUCCAAGAAGCCCCCUUACUGCACCGGGACCUUCCCCGGUAAGGUGCGACCGGUCGGGGGCCAACUCAGGGCCCCGGGGGUCCACUCCAGCCACAGCCACACCCUCCCUCUGCCCAACAAGCAGGAGAGUCCGCCGGCCGCCGCCGUGCGGCCGUACACCACCGAGCUCUCGGAGGCCCCGCCCCCUCCGCUGCAGAAGCCUCAGACUCUGGCGGCUUCAUCCAUCUACUCCAUGUACACCCAACAGGGGAAGGGCUACCAGGGCCAGGGCACGCUGCCCCGCAGCCAGCCCAGAGUGUACGGGAAACCAGUGCUCCCAGCUAGCGGGCCGACUGCCGCCUCAGACAUCACGACCUCUGGGUUUUGCGCAUCCGAAGGGGUCGAGGCUGACAGCAGUUGCCGGGGCAACGGCGAGGGCGUCGGAGCAGAGACGGCGGAGCGCGGCACCCCGCGGCCGCUGAGCCCCACCAAGCUCCUCCCCUUCCUGUCCAACCCUCACAGGAACCCCAGCGACGCCGACCUGGAGGCCUUGCGCCGCCGGCUGCACCACGCCCCGCGGCCCCUGAAGAAACGCAGCUCCAUCACGGAGCCCGAGGGCCCGGCGGGUCCCAACAUCCAGAAGCUGCUCUACCAGAAAACCACUCUGGCCGCCAUGGAGACCAUCCCCAUGGAGACCAUCCCCAUGGAGACGGUCGGCCCGGCGGGGACGUACGUCAGGAAUCGCGAGGACGGGACAGGCGGCGGGGACGUCGCGUUCAGGGUCGACGGCGGCCAGCCAAGAGCCGAGAGCCCGGAGGACUGUCUGACCCCGCCCCCUCUGCCCCCCCGUGCGCCCAUCCCCGACCUCGCCGCCACCUGCCGCCCCCUGCCGCCCCCUCAGGAGGGCAAGGAGGACGAGGAGGUUUGUCCGUCCGCCUCGAUCCACCUGGACUACUUUGCCGAUGAGUUCCCGCCCUACCCGCCCCCACCAUACCCGUCCUGUGGGGAGGGGGAUCAGGGAGACGACGGCCUCAGCCUGCAGCCGCCGGAGGUCACGGGACAGGUGACGGUGCCCCCGGGGAAGAGGUCGAUCCUCCGUAAAGCCGACUCGGAGCGGAUCCACCACGGCAUGCGGGUCAAGUUCAACCCUCUGGCCCUGCUGCUGGACUCGUCUCUGGAGGGCGAGUACGACCUCGUCCAGAGGGUCAUCUACGACGUGGACGACCCCAGCUCGCCGAACGACGAGGGCAUCACGGCGCUGCACAACGCCGUCUGCGCCGGCCACACGGACAUCGUCAAGUUUCUGGUUCAGUUCGGGGUCAACGCCAACGCGGCCGACAGCGACGGCUGGACUCCCCUCCACUGCGCCGCCUCCUGCAACAACGUUCAGGUCUGCAAGUUCCUGGUGGAGUCGGGGGCGGCGGUGUUCGCCACCACGUACAGCGACAUGCAGACAGCCGCCGACAAGUGUGAGGAGAUGGAGGACGGCUACGCCCAGUGCUCCCAGUUCCUCUAUGGCGUUCAGGAGAAGAUGGGCGUGAUGAACCGCGGCGUGGUCUACGCCCUGUGGGACUACGAGCCUCAGGGCGAGGACGAGCUGGGCUUUGUUGAGGGCGACUGCAUGACGGUGCUGCGACGCGAGGACGAGGUGGAGACGGAGUGGUGGUGGGCGCGGUGCGGCGACCGGGAGGGCUACAUCCCCCGCAACCUGUUGGGGCUCUAUCUGAGGAUCAAGCUGCGGCAGAGGACCCUGGCUUAACCGCCGACGGACGGACCCUUGUCACGAGAGGGAGUUUAAACCUCUGGACUCUAAUAAAAGAGAGAGAGACGGGUUGUUUUCUGACCCGCUGACGGACACGUUUGGUUUUUCAACCUCAGCACAAAGAUUGACGCAAUGAGCUCGUCGUCGUGGAAGAAGAAGAAGAAGAAGAAACAAUAGUUCAUCUGCAUCCUGCGGUGAAAUGAACCGAUUACCAGUUUACCAUCAGCUGUCCUGAGCCACCGAGGGGCCCUAAAAAAACUAAAUGGGAAGAUACGUUUUUUGGGGUCCAUGUUGUAAUUAGUUUUUUUCUUCAUUUUACAUGGAGAGAGAGAAAGAAAGAAAGAAAGAAAGAAAGAGAGAGAAAGAAAGAAAGAUGCCUCGACGACAUGCAACAGAGGUUGUUUGGUUUUGUCGUUAUUGAAGCAUUUAAAGGUACGAUCACUUGGUUUUGUUACAGCUUCCACUGGUUUCACCAAAUGUAGCAAAUAUUGGAAUUACAACACAUUUUGGACGUGUUUCACCAAAUAUGGAGUCAUUUUUAUACAGAGCCCAAAGUUUGUUUUUCACCUUUUUUUGUGUGUACAAGAUAACAACUUGUGUGAACAACUUAGUGACUUAAGGGAACAAUUUAAGGACUGAAGGGAACAAGUUAAGGACUUAGAGAACAAGUUAAGGACUUAGAGAACAAGAUAAUAACUUGUGGGAACAAGUUAGGGACUUAAGGGAACAAGUUAAGGACUGAAGGGAACAAGUUAAGGACUGAAGGGAACAAGUUAAGAACUUAGGGAACAAGAUAAUAACUUGUGGGAACAAGUUAAGGACUUAAGGGAACAAGUUAAGGACUGAAGGGAACACGAUAAUAACGUGUGUGAACAAGUUAGUGACUUAAGGGAACAAAAUAAUAACUUGUGUGAACAAGUUAGUGACUUAACGGAACAAGAUAAUAACUUGUGUGAACAAGUUAAGGACUUAAGGGAACAAGUGAAGGACUUCGGGAACAAGAUAACAACUUGUGUGAACAAGUUAAGGACUUACGGAACAAGAUAAUAACUUGUGGGAACAAGUUGGUGACUUAAGGGAACAAGUUAAGGACUGAAGGGAACAAGAUAACUUGUGUGAACAAGUUAGUGACUUAAGGGAACAAGAUAAUAACUUGUGUGAACAAGUUAGUGACUUAAGGGAACACGAUAAUAACUUAGGGAACAAGUUAAUAACUUGUGGGAACAAGUUAGUGACUUAAGGGAACAAGUUAAGGACUGAAGGGAACAAGAUAACUUGUGGGAACAAGUUAGUGACUUAAGGGAACAAGAUAAUAACUUGUGGGAACAAGUUAGUGACUUAAGGGAACAAGUUAAGGACUUAGGGAACAAGAUAAUAACUUGUGGGAACAAUGUUAGUGACUUAAGGGAACAAGAUAACAACGUGUGUGAACGAGUUAGUGACUUAAGGGAACAAGUUAAGGACUUAAGGGAACAAGAUAACUUGUGGGAACAAGUAAGUGACUUAAGGGAACAAGUUAAGGACUUAAGGGAACAAGAUAACAACGUGUGUGAACGAGUUAGUGACUUAAGGGAACAAGUUAGUGACUUAAGGGAACAAGAUAACUUGUGGGAACAAGUUAGUGACUUAAGGGAACAAGUUAAGGACUUAAGGGAACAAGAUAACUUGUGGGAACAAGUUAGUGACUUAAGGGAACAAGUUAAGGACUUAGGGAACAAGAUAAUAACUUGUGCCAACAAGUUUGUGUCGUGAGCGAAGAAGUUAUGGAACAGAACCAUAAAUUGAGCAAGAAAAGAAAAAGGGUCUCUGUAGUGCAGAUUAUGUUCCACCAGUUAAUUAUUUAAAUUAUUUUAUAAUUUGUAGCCAGUUCUUGUUGUGCACUUUUGCAGUUUUGUUAUUAAUGUUCCCAGAAACACAUACAGGGUGUGUUGAAGCACUUGUUUAAGAGUAUGAAACGGUUUGGAUUUGUUUUUUUAAUUAUUGUUAUAAAAGUUUAUUCAUAAAAGUCCCUGUUUGGCACAGAAUUUGUGUCGUUUUUUUUUUUUAAAGAUAAAGUCGGAGGCAUUUUUUUUUUUACAUGUUCAGUAGAUCAUCACUAGAUAUCAUAUAGUGAUCAUUUAAUAAUUUUUUUUGUGUCGAAACUGAGGACUUAAAUUACAAACUCCUAAAAAUCUGUGUAAUCUCAGUAUUCUUUUCUAAUAUACUGGAGCGGUAGAUUUAUUACAUUUUCCCAAAUAAUGUCUUAAUCAGAGGAUGCAAGCGGUGUGUUUUUUAUUUAGCUAGGCUAACCUGCUUCCUGUCUUUGUGCUAAGCUAAGCUAAGCUAAACACACCCCGGACCUCUCUCUCUGUUCCGGACACUCGGAUAUGAAACUGAUUUAUUCACGUCCGACUCUGGAGAACAGGAAGAUUCAUUUCUUAAUAAAAAGAAAAAAAACUA